AUGGAACCAAAUUGCAGACUUCAGGCUGAAAGCUUUUUGAAAAAUGUGGAUGGGAAACACUGUUGUGCCGAAAAAAGCGAAGGAGACCCAGAUGUAAAUUUUGGUGUGGAUUUAUUCAAGCGUGCCACUGUUCAGAGUAAAGACUCAAAUCGAACAGCCCUGAGCAGGGGUUGCGUUCCCUGCAGCCUUACCUGCAGCGGUGCUGUCUUUGCCUGUUUUGCGUUCACUUGGGCGCAGGAAGAGCAUCUGGUGACUGUUCUGUUACUGCCAUCAUCUCCUAUUCGAAUUUCUAGUAGUCGUCUUCAUCAAAUCAAACAGGAAGAAGGAAUGGACUUGAUAAACAGAGAAACUGUACAUGAAAGGGAGGUGCAAACUGCAAUGCAGAUAAGUCAGUCUUGGGAGGAAAGCCUGAAUUUGAGUGACAGUGAUGUUGAGAAGUCAUCCUUUCUGAAGCUAACUGAUGUCAUUCCAGUUUCCCCAGCACCUUCACCCACCAGGGGAAUUGGCAAGCAAUGUUUCUCACCAUCAUUACAAAGUUUGGUGAGCAGCAGUGGAUUUCCUCCAAGUCCUAUUCCUAGUCCAACAAGACGAUUUACAACCAGGAGAAGCCAUAGUCCCAUCAACUGUAUUAGACCAGGUAUACUUGGAGCAAUGAAAAGAAAAGGUGAAGCGGAAACAGAAGAUCAGCCAAAAAGAUUUUUUCAAGGCAUAACCAACGUGCUUUAUUCUGAUGUUACAAAUCUGUCAGAGGUAAAUGUGUGUUUGUCUUCAGAUACCUUGGGUGGAAAUAAUCCCACGGCUGAAUCUUCUUGCAGUUCACCAGCUCAAGUCACUACUACCACUGAUUCUCCCGUAUCACCUUCUGAAUCCAGCUCUCCACUUAUGUCAGUAGAUGAACUUAUAUCUAAGUGAGCCACCUAUUUGAGGCUUAGUUUUUCCACUUAGGAAAAAUCAUGUUGGAGGGAACAUAAAAGUCUAAAAAGAAAAAAAAAUUAGUUAUU